ACGUCUGGGCAGCUGCUCCUGCUGCCCAGUGUCUCUCAGUCCCAAGGCCAGCCCACCCUGGCUCAGCCAGGCACACUAAACUUAGCUUCCACUACCAAAUCCAUAGCCACUGCCACCAUCUAGCCGGCUGUCGCCUCUCCCUGGGAGACACUGCUGCCCCUGCCCAGAGCACCCACACCUCAGUGGCCACCAUGUCACAGACCAAAACACUGAAGGUUCGUGUGACCCUCUUCUUCAUCCUGGUUGGGGCAGUGCUGGCCAUGGUGGCUGUCGUGACUGACCACUGGGCCUUGCUGAGUCCACACCUGGAGAACCAUAAUGAAACGUGUGAGGCAGCCCACUUUGGCCUCUGGAGGAUCUGCACCACGCGCAUUGCUGUGCUUGACAAGGAAGACAAGAAUUGUGAACACAUCACACUGUCAGGGGAAAAGAACUGCUCAUACUUCCGGCAUUUCAACCCAGGAGAGAGCUCAGAGAUCUUUGAAUUCACCACUCAGAAAGAGUACAGCAUCUCAGCAGCGGCCAUCGCCAUCUUCAGCCUCGGCUUCAUCAUUGUGGGCUCCAUCUGCUCAUUUCUUUCCUUUGGGAAUAAGCGUGAUUAUCUUCUGAGGCCAGCAUCUAUGUUCUAUGCCUUUGCAGGGCUCUGUCUUCUUGUCUCCGUGGAGGUCAUGAGGCAAUCGGUUAAGCGCAUGAUUGACAGCGAGGACACCGUCUGGAUCGAGUACUACUAUUCCUGGUCCUUUGCCUGUGCCUGUACCUCCUUCACCCUGCUCUUCCUCGGUGGGCUGUUCCUCCUGCUCUUCUCCCUGCCUCGGAUGCCCCAGAACCCCUGGGAGUCCUGCAUGGACGCUGAACAGGAACACUAACUUUGGGAAGAUCGUGCCCAGACCAGAGUCUCUUGGAGGCUAGGAAGGGAUUUUCACAUCUACCCUGAUUCCGUGUCUGCC